AUGGCAGACGACAAAUCACUCAGCAAGCGCAAUAUUCAUGGCUUUUCGUCAACUCACAGGUUGGUCCAAAUGAAUUGGGAGACUAAUGAAGACUCUCCUAUUCAUCAUUCUGGUGGUCAAGGCUGCCCUGGGCCGCCUCAACCACCCCCCACCCCCACCCCAGUUCCCCGGACGCCACAGGGUAUAAAUUUCCCCUCGGGAGACACCUGCGCUCCAGAGGGAGGUAAGUGGGGGAGCGUGGAGGUGUUGCUCCUGCGUUCCAGUGAGGUAGAGAGAGGCCUGAAUCUGGCCUCGCUGGGAAAAAGAAACAAAACAACAGCAGACCAACUAAACACCAGCCUGAAACACCUGGAGCUGAUAAGCAACAACCACCAAAAGGCGGUGCUGGUGCUGGUGCUGGUGAGGGGAGCAAGGCGGAGCGCCAAGACUGCGCCGCCGGCCAGCAGGCCUGUGGGUGUGUGCCAAGGCCGGAGCUCGGAGCCGGCGGAGGAGCCUCCUUCGCGCGAAGUCUGGACGCCUCUCCAUUGGCUGCCUCGGCCCGGGCCCUGGGAAGGGCGGAUUUCCUUUGAGGCAGUGGCAACAGCGAUGGCCAGUGUCUGGGAGCAGCAGUGGCAAAGCUGCCUGCGGGGAGAGUUGAAGUCCAAGCAGGGGGCAGUGUGGUGUACCCUGUGGUUGGUGGUUUAACAGCUGCCGCAUCAGAAGCAGAAUCCUCGUGGAACUCAUUCUCUGGUACUCCAUCUGAUAACAACAGAACAAACUCUUCUGUUGGUUGUAUACAAAAGAAAGUUUACCAAGAUGGAUAAUUUCCUGGAUCAUAAAAGCAAAUCUAAAUAAAGCUCCAUGCAGUCUAAUCACAGGAAGGAUGUUCUAACACCAUAAAAGUAAUAAUUUUAAAUGAAUAACAAAUAAAUUUGAAAAAUGCUCAAAUAUUUGUAAAUAAUACAAUUUUAAAUGUAUUGGUCAGAAUAGCAAUCAUAAUGGUGAUUAGAAUAUAUUUUUUUAACUGAAAGAAAGUAUAAAUAAAAGGUACCAUAAUGUAUAGGAUGCAGGUAAAGCAUUACUUUGAGGUAAAUUUAUAGCAUUGAAUGCCUGUAUAAGAGAAUACUGAAUACAAUAGAAAACAGAAAAAUAAUAAGUAAAUCGAUAAAACCCAAAGUGUGUUCUUCCAGAAAAGGAUUUAAAUUAAUGAACCUAUCAUUAGACUAACCAGGAAAAAUGAGAGAAGACACGUUACUAACAUGAAAAACAAGAAAAGUGACAUUGCUGCAAAUCUACUGAUAAUAAAAAGAUACAAAUAGAAUAUUGUCGAUAACUUUAUGUCAACAAAGUUGACAAUUGUAUAAAAUGGACAGAUUUUUCAAAAAUGACAAUCCCAAAGCUCACUUAAAAAUAGAUCAGCUGAGGGGCGCCUGGGUGGCUCAGUCGGUUAAGCGGCCGACUUCAGCUCGGGUCAUGA